GGCGCUCAUUGGGUAGCAGAUACUGCCAAGGAUGCUGUGGAAACAACUGAGGAAGCCGCGAAAAAGGGCACUGGCUGGGUCACCGAGACCGCCAAAGAUGCCUACAACACAACUACCGAGAAAGUAGGGGAGGGCGCUGGCUGGGUAAGCGAUACCGUUAAAGGCGCCUACGAUACUACGACUGGGAAAGUAGCCGAGACAGCCGACUGGGUUGGUGACAAAGCUCAUGACGCUUACGAUGCAACCGCCAAUAAGGCUUCAGAGUUAACCCAUUCUGCUGGUGAAGCAGUCGACAGCACAACAACCUAUAUUGGGGACAAAGUUUUCGAUGCAAAAGAAGAGGCGGAAAAGGCAGCAUCGGGUGCAUUCGGUUUUGUGAAGGACACUUUCGCUCAUGGGAAAGAUAAAGUCGUAGACGCCAAAGAGCAUGCCAAAGAGGCAGCUUCUGGUGCAGCAGACUCUGCUAAGCACGCACUCGAUGAAGCUAAGGACAAAGCCUCAGAUUUGGCAGAUGGCGUAAAAGAGGUUGGAAAAGAUGCAAAGGAUUCUGUAGCCGCGACUUUAGACAACACAUACAAUGUGGCUGGCGAAUGGAAGGACGAGGCUGGGAAGAAAGCAGAGGAAUGGAAGAGUGAUGCUGAGAAGGUGGUAUCUGACCUAAGUUCUUCUGCAUCCCAUGCUCUGGAAGAGGCAAAGGAAAAGGUCGAAGAGGUGGAGAACAAAGCAGAGAAGUGGCCUUUAGGUAAUAUCCGACAUAAAGAGUUCUGCGUCCCAUGCUGUGGAGGAGGCGAAGGAAAAGGUGGAGGAGGUGGAGAACAAAACGGAGGAGGUUUCAUGAUCACCAUCAAUCUUCUGAAAAUAGCUGUAGUAUCCGACAUAAAGAGUUCUGCGUCCCAUGCUGUAGAGGAAGCGAAGGAGAAGGUUCAGGAGGUGGAGAACAAAACGGAGAAGGUAGUAUCCGACAUAAAAAGUUCUGCAUCCCAUGCUGUAGAGGAGGCGAAGGAGAAGGUGGAGAAGGUUGAGGAACAGGCUGAACAGGCCGCUGCUGACGCAAAGGAUGCCGCAGCGCAUGCAGCAGAAGAAGCGCAAAAGAAGUUGGAAGGAUGGAAGAGUGAUGCGGAGAAGGUUGGGUUCUCUGCUCAUGCCGUAGAUGACGCGAAAAAUACCGCAGCGGAAUGGAAGGAUGAUGCUAAGGACAAGUUGGCGGGAUGGGGCAGCGAGGCCGAAAAGGCUGCACAAAAAGUCAAGGAAUCCGCGGAACAUGGCGUCGAAGAUGUACAACACAAAGUGGAAGGAUGGGCAACAGAAGCCAAAGAUAAGGUGCACGACGCUAAGGACUCAGUGGCACAGGCUGCAGGUGAUGCCCAGAGUAAAGUGGCAGGUUGGAAGGACGACGCGAAGGAAAAACUGUCGGAAUGGGGUAGCGAAGCUGAAAAGGCUGCUCACGACGCUAAGGAUUCAGCUGCACAUGCAGUAGACGACGCCAAGAAAACGGCAACGGAAUGGAAGGACGACGCACACAAGAAGCUUGAAGGAUGGGGCAGUGAAGCUGAGAAGGCUGCUCACGAAGCUAAGGACUCAGCUGCACAUGCUGUAGGCGACGUCAGCGCAAAGGCAGCUGAAUGGAAAGAUGAUGCAAAGGAGAAGCUAUCAGGCUGGGGCAGUGAAGCUGAGAAGGUGAUUACCACUUUUUAUAGAUCUAGUAAAGCAUUCUUCGAUAUUUUUGAAUAUUGCCGCAUCUUUGUGAAGAUGUACUUUUAUCAUCAGGAAAAGAGCUAG